AUGUUCCCGGAAGUUAAAGAGAAAGGAAUGGCAGCUAUUCCAAGACUGGUUGCCUUCACAUCGGAGCAUGUAGGUGUUUUCUCUUUCAACCUUUUGCUAGCUUCACUUCUUUGCUGAUUAAACCAGGCUCCUUCAAACGCCCUUUGGGGAAAGACAUAGCCACUUUCCUACUGUUAACAUGAGAGUCCUCUGUUUAGUUUUUGCAUACAAAUGAGUCUUGAGCUAUGACUCCCCUCCUUCUGAAAUGUGCUGUGUCGGUUAUGUUGGGAAGGUGUGUUUUUAUGAAGCUGUCGAAUCUCAUGGUGACCUCUUGUAGCUUCCAUUUAUGUCCACCUCAUCCAGCCUCCCCCAACAUGGCGCUAUCCAUGCUGACCACACUGGCUGGGACUGUUGCUGUACUCCAAAACAUCUGAAAGACACCAAGUUGGGGAAGACUAGACUAAUGUAACUCCUGUGGUGUCCAAGAAAAAGACAGCCAUCUGAGAGCAUUUAGCAACAUCAGCACUUCAGAGUUCAAAGCUCUUCCACAUACGUUCUGUCAGCCCUUAUUAAAUUGCAUUCGGUGGUUGACUAAACACCUAAUCACUGAAGAGUCAAGCUAUAGAUGUUUAAGGUCUCCACGCAGAACUUCCCAUUCAUUUCACCAGGGCUUGCAAACAGAGCCUCAUUUGCACAGGAAUAAGGGCUUGCUGGAUUGUUCCCCUAGGUGCUACUUCAUGAUUCUUUUACAGCUGAAGAAGCGAAGCUGCUGUAAACAUUGCAAAAAUAACCCAUGUGCUUUUUCAGAGUCAUUUUUCUGUGAAGAAAGGAGCAGCAGCCUUAGGAAUUGGUACUGACAGUGUGAUUUUGAUCAGGUGUGAUGACAGGUAAGCACAGCCUUAUGAAUGACAGCAGGAAUAGCCAUUCUUUGAAAGCAGCAGAAAGAAUGAUAUUUUUUUAAAAAAAAUCAAAUGGCCUGUUCAUAUAAUAUAGCCUUGCCCUGUGUUGGGCUAAGGAAGCUCUGCCACAUACAUGCUGGGCAUUUUUCAGAGAGUUCAAAAAGUGGUUUAUAGCAGGUUUGUUGAGCCAAGCUCAUGGCCCCAGGGCUGUACCAGCAGAGUUAUAUAUUUUAUGACCUGCACAAUACAUUUUUGGAUUGCAGAAGGUCUGUCAAGCACCAUAUGGACAUUAGUUAGUGAACUGUGAGUUCAGGAGCAAGGGCCCUUGAGUACAUCAAAUGUACUAAAAAACCAUAACUCUGCAUUCAGUCAUUUGGUGUUUUCCACCCACUUCACUAUGGAUAAGUUGAGAUUCACAUAAACAUUCAGAUUUGCAAAAAAACAAAACAAAAGUAUACAUUAUUAUUAAUAGUACCGUACUAAGAAACAGGACCUGUUUGCAAACCUCUUCAACUGACUCAAAUUUAGUUAAGGGAGGCAGGUGAUGGAGAGUGGAAUGAAUCGCUUUCCAAGUGGCUAGUUAGGUUUAUAAAUGUUGCGUAGAACUUUUCAUAAAUCACUAUCUUAUCUAAGUUAACUAACCUGAGUAGCGGACAGAAAGAGCUAACAGCAAAGCCAUGGUAUUUUGAUUAUUCCCCCCCCCCCUUUUCUAUUGCAGAGGCAAAAUGAUCCCAUCUGAUCUUGAAAGGAGAAUUGUUGAGGCAAAGCAAAAGGCAAGUAGAUUUCCACCUACAGUCAGUAAUCUGUAGGUGUAUAGGAAAGCAUACUGUUUGGGGGAGUGAGGCAAGGGAAUUGCCUAUGGAAUUUCAAUCAUUGUUUUAAGAGUUGAGUUGCCUUAUAAAUCUGCACACAAAGAUUCCCCCCCCCCCUUGAAAUGUGAGUUAAUGAUGAGAUGGACCAAUGCACUGAAAGAAACCUGUCCGAAAAAUAGACUAUUCCGAAAUAACGUGGGCAUCACAAAGUGAUUCACUGAGUGUGCAUGUGCAAGAAUGUUGGGUCACCCCAACUCUUUUGAGCUCUCUCUAUCCUCUAGUCUAGACCCUGUGAUUGUAGGAGGCGCAGCCCCAUUGUCAGAGAGCAUGCAUUUUUGCAUCUAGAAAGUCCCACAUUCAUUCUCAAUGAUUUAAAAAAAAUUGAACUGUCUGGUUUUCAACAAACUGUUUCUUACACCGCCCAGCUGAGGCCAGAAGAGUGUAAAUCACUCGUUCAACAGAGUUCAGAAUUGCAAAGUAAACCUAGCCUUUCCAGAUGCUCAUUUUUACUCCCUGCCAGGAAAAGCCUUAUACAAAAGCCGAACAUCUGGACACAUUUUGUCGCCUUAGCAGUUUGCUGCCACCUGCAGGCAGAAGUAUCAAUGACAUAAGCAAAUUACAGUAAAAGGAUGUUGAUGGGUCGCAAUAUUGGGCUUAUCCGCACUUAACUUUGGCUCCACUCUCGCCAGGCAUAGAUCUGGGCUUAAAAGCUGCAUGUCUGAGCAUUUUGGGGGGUUUUUUGGUAGAGCUUUUUGUCCCAGAGUUUUCCCUACAAAAACCCGCUCUUUAGCACUCAGUUGGGAUUUAAGCAGAUUGCGCUUUGCACUGAUUGAGAUUUAAAGAGCAAGUUUUCACAGGGAGCGCUCUGGAGCAAAAGAAGAAGAAUGAGAAUGUGCUGUCAGACACAUAGCUUUAAAGACCGUUCCUUGAAAGAGCGGAGGAAAGGUCAGUAUGAAUAAGCCCAUUUGCUAAGGGUAUUAUAGGGCAGUGUACCAAUAAAAUGAAAUAAAUAAACGGUGUCAGUUUCAGUCCCUUCCAGCAUCUCUAGAUAGGACUGGGGAAAUAGUCCUGCCUGAAACUCUAGAGAGCUAUUUCCAGUCCGUGUAGGAAGAGGAAGCCAAGAUGUGCAAGUGGCAGUCUCUUAUAACAUCUAAGCUUUGCUUGGCAGCAUAAAUCAGGCAUGUUUCUUAGAUGUUGAGUCUGUGAUUACUGGUAUGCCUCGCCUUAAUGAUAUUGUUUCAUGCCGCCCCAAUCUCUGCUGAGCGGUGCAUGUGAUUCCAAGGAUCUCGGGUGCUUAUCUAGGGUUCGUGUUUCCUUUUGGGAAUGAGGCACAGCAGAGACUGUGGUGUCUUUAGGAUAUAUGGUUUAUUUACACACAUAUAUACCACCUGAGCCUAUGAUGGAGGUGUGGAUAGCAUUACGCCCCAAGAGGGUCUCUUGCUUCUCCCAUAGGUGCAGCAGUCUUGGGUCUCAAAGACAGAAAAUCAGCCAUGCUCUCUGUCUCUUUGUUACAGCCUAUCACAAACAGCCCAUAGGAUGUUCCUGCCCCGCCCCGCCCCCCGCCUUCUUCAUCCUUCUCACAGUUAACAGACCCUGGCUUAUCUCCUCCAAACCAAAACCCUACACCCUUUAAUCCCUUUGGUCUAUGUCCACUAACACACACUGAAGGAGAGCCCCUACCCCUCCUGGUCUGGCAUAGCUUCCCCCCUCUUGAAGGCUUUCCUGGUAAGUUAAUGACUCGGCCAUUAUCAGCUUUGUUCCUCCACUGACCCACACUCUCAGGCUGGCUUGGCUUGUUAGCAUUAAGUGCAUCCAGCAGUGUAUGGCACAGUUUAAUCAAACCUUGAUUAAUUCUAACUUUCACUAAAUCUAGGAAUAACGAGGAGGAUUUGGCAGCCAGGAGUUUCGGGGAUCCUUGCUUUCCCCCAAAACUUAUCACAGUAUUAAGCCUCCAUUCCACGCCACUUCCCUACAGAGCUGUUGCGACUGAAAGACGCUCAAUUUCAGAAAAUAGUCUCUAUGUCUAAAGGAAAUUUUCUCCACUGGAACAUUUUCCUGUUGUUUUUGUUGUUGUUUUCUUCCUGCAGGGAUUUGUUCCUUUCCUCGUGAGCGCCACAGCAGGAACUACAGUCUAUGGGGCAUUUGAUCCACUUAUAGCUAUUGCAGAUAUCUGCAAAAAGUACAAGAUCUGGAUGCAUGUUGAUGUGAGUACAGAAUUACAGUCUAAAAGGGCUGAGCUACAAAACAGUAAGCUGGCAGAGCCAAAAACCAUGCUGUUUAAAGUGGAAAUGCAUGUCCUAGCACAGUCUCUGAAGGAUGUUGAGAACCCCAGAUUCUGAAAGCUGUCAGGGAGAGCAGGAAGGUGUGGGCCAUCUCAUUUUCUUUGUCCCUAGUUUUUGAUAUUCAGAGCUAUAUUACCUCGAGCUCUUGUGGUUAGUAGCAGGUAGUAGGCCCAUCCUAUAGGAAUGUGACUGUUUAUUUAAGAACAUUAGAAAAGGUUACUAGAUCUGGCCAAAGGCCCAUCUAGGCCAACAUCCUGCUCUCACAGUGGCCAAACCCGCAAGCCGAAUCUGUGUACAACAACACUUUCCCUACCCAAAAACUGGUAUUUGAAGCAUACUGCCUUCAACAGUCAGAGCUGGUUCAAUCUAGGUGGCUGUGUAACUUCUGCUAGGUUGCUAGGUCAUGUGACCAAUUUGGAAAGGGUUUGGAACAGGUGUGAGUGCGCCCCUACCCCACUGUGCCCCCAUCACUCCCUUGUUGGGGGACUUGUCUUCGCCAGGGGUGUAACAUGGGGGGGGGUCUGCUGGGGCGAUGGUCCCAUUUUUUCUGGGGGGUGCUGGCAAGGCACUGUGAAGAGGCUGCAACAGGCAUGCAUGCCCCGGACACAGUGAAAACAUGCUCCAUCGCUGAUCCUGGCCUCAGCUAAACCAGCUGCAACAGAGCUGGGCUGAAGGACUUACCUCUAACUGAGCUGGAAUGAGGGAUUUGAACUGGGUUUGCCCCAGCUAAGCCCAGACUCAGACAGAGAUUUACCUGUUUCAAACUCCACUCAACCCAGAAGAUCUUGGGUGUUGGAUUGCUCCCUUGCUUUUUAAAAAUAAAUAAAGCUGGGGAAACAGCUUAUGAUUUAUCGGGACUUCCUCCUCUUCCGCCCACUGCACAAACAUCCACGCUCCUCCCUGACCAUUGGUCCUGUUGACUAGGGCUGGCAAAGUCUAACAGCAUCUGAAGGGCCACAGGUUCCCCUCUCCUGUUACAGCACGGCUUUUGUCUGCACAGAAUUGACAAAAUGCAAGGGGACAGUCACUUGAAUUGAAGGGCUUAAGGUAUUUCUUUCUUUUCUACAGCCACUUAAACCAACAGCGUCAUUGCAUCAUGUGGUUGUAAAUUUCAAAUGUGCACUUGGGGAACAUGUUUCAUACACUUCCCCUGUUUUGAAAUUUCCUCAACAAUAUUUUUUUGGCUGCUUCCCUGAUCACACAAGGAGAACAUUCAGAAGUGACUUGUGGGUUUGGAUAUUAGAGCCUUGAAAUCCGUACGACUGAAUACAAUUAAUGCUCUUUUCUUUUCUUUUCCAGGGAGCGUGGGGUGGUGGGCUGCUGAUGUCAAGGAAACAUAAAUGGAAAUUAAAUGGUGUUGAAAGGUAGGGAUUACGGACAUGUCAUUAAAUAUCACUUAUGUGCUGCAGUGACUGAUGGAAAUAUUAUUAGACACUACUCAUAUGCUGUCUUGACUGCCACCAGAAUUCCUGCAAAUUUAAAACUAGUCAAUAUCCUCUUGUCAAAUGUAGCAGCAGAAACUAUUUUUCAAGUUCCAAUCAUUAUUGAAAUAGUUGACCAAAUCUUUGCAAAGCAUAAGAGCCUGCUGCUGUUCCUUUUACUUUGUUGUUGUUGUUGUUUAUUAAAUUUGUAUACCGCCCUUCAUCCAGAGAUCACAGGGCAGUUCACAACAUAAAAAAUACAAAAUGAGAACUCAAAUACAUAAUAAAUACACAAUAACAAAUUAAUAACCUUCCUCCCACAAACACAUUUAAAAUAUUUAGCCAAAGGCCUAGUUAAAAAGAAACAUUUUCACCUUGUGCCUAAAGAUAUGUAAUGAAGGCACCAAGCGAGCAUCCCUGAGGAGAACACUUCACAAAUAGGGAGCCACAACCGAAAAGGCCCAUUCUCAUGUUGCUACCCUCCAGACCUUUUGAGGAGGAGGCACACAAAGAAGGGCCUCAAAUGAUGACUGCAGGAUCUAGGUCUGUUCAUAUGGGGAGAGGCGAUCCUUAAGGUAUUGCAGUCCUGAGCCAUUUAAGGCUUUAUAGGUCAAAACCAGCACUUUAAAUUGGGCCUGGAAACUAAUUGGCGGCUAGUGCAGUUGGGCCAAGAUUGGUGUAAUAUGCUCAAACUCUGUGGCUCCGGUGAGCAACCUGGCCACUGAAUUCUGCUGAUGUUUCCCAACCAUCUUCAGAGGCAGCCCUGUGUAUAAUGUGUUGCAGUAAUUGAACCUAAAGGUUACCAGAGCAUAGACAACAGAUGUUAGGCUAUUCCUGCCCAGACAAGGAUGCAGCUGGGCCACCAGUCAAAGUUCUCCAUGACAUCGAGACACAGGGAACUGUGGUUUGUUUGGUUAGUGAAAACAAGCCAGGAUACCUAUUCAGGGUACCACUCUCUCAUUAACCAUAGUUUAAACAACUAUGGACUUGUAAAAAGACAUUCACUGGAAAAGUUCCAAGCUGAAAAAUCUCUGUCAUUUCUAAGGAACAUUAUCUGUGUCAAUACAUUUAUAUUAACUGUUAUUGGAUGUUUGUAAAAAGCCUGAUUAUGGCAUGAAAUAAUGACUUUCUUUUUUAGCUGCUUGGCUUAUUUUCAGCCUUACUGUUCUGGCCAUUCAAGAGCCGCCUUUUUAUUUUGGUUUUGCUGUUUGCAUUUUACGCCUCUGUGAAUGCAAUCUGCCAUUGCCGCACCUCAUGUUAAAGUUUGGUUGCUGUUCCAGGGCCAAUUCUGUGACAUGGAACCCACACAAAAUGAUGGGGGUCCCACUGCAGUGCUCCGCUCUGCUCGUUCGAGAAGAGGUAUGUUUACAUCCAUAUUGACAUCUUUCGCCUGAAAAGGAAUAAUAAUAAAUCUGUAAGGUAAAGGUAAAAGUACCCCUGCCUGUACGGGCCAGUCAUGUCCGACUCUAGGGUUGCGCGCUCAUCUCACUUAAGAGGCCGUGAGCCAGCGCUGUCCGGAGACACUUCCGGGUCACAUGGCCAGCGUGACGAAGCUGCUCUGGCGAGCCAGCACCAGCGCAGCACACAGAAACGCCGUUUACCUUCCCGCUAUAAAGCGGUACCUAUUUAUCUACUUGCACUUAGGGGUGCUUUCGAACUGCUAGGUGGGCAGGAGCUGGGACCGAACGGCGGGAGCUCACCCCGCCGCGGGGAUUCGAACCGCCGACCAUACGAUCAGCAAGUCCUAGGCACUGAGGUUUUACCCACAGCGCCACCCGCGUCCCCAAUAAAUCUGUAGUCAACCUGAAAUCACAAAAUAAAAUUAAAAAAUGGGUGCAGUGGUUGUUGCCUAGAAAUGGGGAUAUCAGGAGGUGGAGUCAGGCUUAGGUCAGCAGUACAGUAAAACAAAAAGCACCCAAUGGCAGUGAAGUUAACUCUUUAUUCAGAGAAACAAAACAGCUUGGUCACAGCAACCCUUCUCAAUAGUUCUUGCCCCAAUGAGACAGCUGUGAGGACUGAUGUUCUCCACCUUCUCCUGCUCUCCAAAGCUCCUCCUCCUGUUCCUUCCCCAGCAGCGUAAGGCUCCUUCGCCCUAUCUUUCCUUCCCCAACUAGUAUGGAAUAUUAUGAGGGACGCAGGUGGCGCUUUGGGUUAAACCACAGAGCCUAGGACUUGCCAAUCAGAAGGUCGGCGGUUCAAAUCCCCGCAAUGGGGUGAGCUCCUGUUGCUUGGCCCCUGCUCCUGCCAACCUAGCAGUUCGAAAGCACCUCAAAGUGCAAGUAGAUAAAGAGGUACCACUCCAGCGGGAAGGUAAACGGCGUUUCCGUGUGCUGCUCUGGUUCGCCAGAAGCGGCUUAGUCAUGCUGGCCACAUGACACAGAAGCUGUACGCUGGCUCCCUCGGCCAGUAAAGUGAGAUGAGCGCCGCAACCCCUGAGCCGGUCACGACUGGAUCUAAUGGUCAGGGGUCCCUUUACCUUUACUAUGGAAUAUUAUGAGGGAUGCCGCACUGGGGGCACUAUGCUACUUUAGCAGACGAGUGAAUAUGAGAAGCAAAUGGGGUUUCCAAAAGGUUCCUAGCUUUCCUUACUGUGGAUUUAAGAGCUCAGCGACACACAGUUGGUUACUAGGUGCUUCCAUCUUCACAGCAGCCAGGGCAGGAAUAGCCAUCAUGGUGUCCUCCAAAUGUUGUGGACUACAACUCCCAUUAUGCCUGACCGCUGGCUGUGCUGGCAUGGGAUGAUAGGAGCUGGAACACAACAGUUUCUGGAGGGUGCCCCAUUGGCUACCUCCAGGCUGGCAGCUGCAUGGUAGGAGGUGAAGCAGAAAAUAGCACAUAUUCAGCUGAAUUGUUUAUAGAGUUGGGGACGAGGGUAAUAGCUAUAAUGGCAAGAAUAUAUUUAUGUGAUGAUGUUGCAAGCAAGUCUGGGCUAUGUGUAUGGAGCCUGGGCUGCCCUCUCGGCCUCACUGAUGUGGUCACAAGGAAAGCAGAACAAUGCAUUUGGCACCAGCUUGGCUGCAGGAAUUUCCAGAAGGAGGCGUACAAGACUUAGGGACUCCACUCCCGAUUUGUGUAGAGUUUGCUUCUUAGCCUUUUCUUCUCCCAAAGGUGUCCCAUAAGCAUGGACGAAAAUAAUGCUCUUGACUUCAUAAUAUAGUCUAAAGAUACAACUGAUGGCCCCCUUCUGCCAGCACUGGAGCCUGUAGCCUUUCCUUAGGAAACCUUAGGGAGCCAGUGUGGUGUAGGGGUUAAGAGCGGUAGUCUCGUAAUCUGAGGAACCGGGUUCGAUUCCCCGCUCCUCCACAUGCAGCUGCUCUGGGUGACCUUGGGCCAGUCACACUUCUCUGAAGUCUCUCAGCCCCACUCACCUCACAGAGUGUUUGUUGUGGGGGAAGAAGGGAAAGGAGAAUGUUAGCGGCUUUGGGACUCCUUCGGGUAGUGAUAAAGUGGGAUAUCAAAUCCAUACUCUUCUUCUUCUUCUUACAAGGUCAAAGUUAUGAGGCCUUUACAAACACACAUCAACUGUUCCUCACAGCACAGCCAAGGAUGGGGGAUUGUUUGCAAGCGCUUUCUUGAAUCAGUAAAACUUCCAUGUUAUUCCACUUGCCCUUCAGAGUGUGUCUGCUUCUUUAAAGGGCCUGAUGCAAAGCUGUAACCAAAUGCACGCUUCCUACCUCUUUCAACAAGAUAAGCACUACGACCUGUCAUACGACACUGGAGACAAAGCCUUGCAAUGUGGGCGCCAUGUUGAUGUCUUCAAGCUAUGGCUGAUGUGGAGGGCAAAGGUGAGUAUUUACAUUGGAAGAGAGAGCAAGGGAGUCAGAAAAAGAGAGGGGAAAGUAGGUGUCUUAUUUCCCUCAGAGAGGUACAAUUCCCAGAGUUCCCUGGAAAGAGUGACUCAUCAUAAUACUAUCACCAUCAUUUAUUAUUAUUAUUAGCAAUAUUAUUAAACUUAGUUGCUUCUUUACAACUCUCAGCACCCUUAGCAAACUACAGUUCCCAGGAUUCUUUGGGGGAAGCCAUGACUAUUUAAAGUGGCCUGAUUCUGCUUUAAAUGCAUGGUAUGAAUGGGGCCUUUACUAUAUAAAGUGACUGGUUGGGAUUUUGUACUGAGGUAUAUAUAGAUGAGUGUGUAAUUGUGAGCAUUAUUGGUUGAACAGCAUAAUGUUAUCUUAAUAGGGGUUUUUUAUUUCAUUAUAAAUGCAUUGUAUUGCAUUUGAGUUCCGUUUUGUACACCGCUUUACUAUUCUUUUGAAUGCAAAGCAAUUAAGAAUUUUGCUAAAUAAGUAAAUGUUGGUUGCUAGGUUGCUAGGCAACUGCGGCUGAGCAUUCCUACAAGAGCUGUCUCUGGGUAAGCCACUGCUCUCCCUAACACGAGCUUUCUGUGCGUGAAAUAAAUAAAAAGCACAAACCUGGGAGUGAACAAAUGAAUAAUAAUUGCCAAUUCACCUUUCAGCCAUGAGGAAUUGAGUGCUGCUUUCAAGCUUCGAGCCUGUGACAUCAUGGAGCAGUUGCUGCACCUCAACUCCAGCCAAUUUGGCAACCUAACAAUUCUGUUUUAGCGUAAUCAGGCUAAAAGCUUUUGAGAAUGACAAGAGGAUUUUGUUGUAUGAAUUCUUAAAACUAGACAUGGCAAAACUGUGACUAGAACACCUGCUUCCAUUUUAUGCAGCAAUUAGGAGCGGGCGUAAUAUUGAUGUGGGGAAACCAAUUAUAAAUCUGUUGUUUUCUAGGGGCAUAUUUGUAAAGACUCUCCGAGGACCAGCUUAUUUUGCAGUUUGGAAAUAUUGCCAAAUAUAAUGCUUCCGGCUGAGUGGUUUCAGAUUCCUCCCCCAAGAUUUCCUUUAAGAUGAACAAAUUCAUUUACUACAAUGGCCUGCAGGAAACACACAUUUCAUGCAGCUGUAGAUGUUUUUGCCACCCAUUGUUGGCAUCAUCUUAUAGCUAACCUUAACCAGGUUGCCACUGCUUUAAGUUAGGUGUGCAUCAUUUUUGAUCCAACAAGGAAAUGCACACCAUGUCCCAGUUAUAGAGGCCUUACAGCUGCUCCAUAAAGCUCCUGGUUUCUCUGUAUGUGGAUGCAAAAAGAGGAAAUGAAGGGAAAGAUCCAGGACCUAGCAGCACCACAACACAUAAUUGGUGGGUCACAAGUUAUGUAGACCCGACAGACUGAAUGAAAUCAAGGUGAUUUAACUCAUUGAUUUUAUCCACUCAGGAAAAGAAGAGGAUGGUUUAAAUCAAGUUUCACCCUGACUACAUUCAUAUACCGUAUUUUUCGCCCUAUAAGACGCACUUUUUCCCCUCCAAAAAUUAAGGGGAAAUGUGUGUGCGUCUUAUGGAGCGAAUGCAGGCUCCUUGGCUUCAGCAAUAGCAACGCAAAGCCGCCAAAGCGCAGAGGGAGUGCUCCCACCGCGCUCCGGAGGCUUCGCGUUCCUUUCGCUGAAGGAUAGGUGCCCCUUCAGCUAAGGCGCAGCGUCCCUUCAGCUAAGCGGGAGCAGAAAUGAAAGGGGCUCUGUUUCUCCUGCCGCUUCGCUGAAGGGGUGCUGCACAGAGAGGGGGAGAUUUUUUUUUCUUGUUCUCCCCCUCUAAAACAAGGUGCGUCCUAUGGUCGGGUGUGUCCUAUAGAGCGAAAAAUACAGUAUUUCUUGAAUUGUGAAAUUAAGGGUUUAUGUCCUGUGAUCUCUGUACAUAAGAACACAAAAGGAUGCAUUCUAACUAUGCCUGCUCAGAAGGAAGCCCUACUGGAUUCAAUAGGAAAACGUUGCCCAGAACUUUCCAGGAGCUUGAGCAAUAAUAAAUACAAUAUGCAGCCUGCUGCUUUUGCUACUUUUUAAGGAGGACCUUGAGCGAGGCCUCCUGUAAGUGAGCAGAGAGGGUUUCAAGGUGGGAAGUGGUCAGAUACCCUCCCAUUUUUGAUCUUCAAUUAGGUAGCCUAUUUCUGAUUCCCAUACAAUUUAGAGACCUCCAGCAUCUCCUGCUAAUAGAUUGCUGUAUAUUAGAGAAGCAGCACCCUUCAGGUCAUAUGCUGAUCUGCUGCAUAAGGAUUUGAACAAGGCAAGUGUUAGUUUCAUCUUAAAACAGUGCCUUCUGAGAUGCUUUUUUUUUAGUGCAUCCUCCAAAAUCAGAAAAAAUAAUAAUAUUUUGUUCUCUUCUGAUUGUAAAUUUCUUCAGGGGUUCUUGUAGCCAAGCGAUAUAUACAAUUAACAAACCUAACCCUCCAUUCCUGUCUCUUUCUUCCUUUGUUCCAAAGGGCACUGUAGGAUUUGAAGCACACAUUGACAAAUGCCUGGAACUUGCAGAAUACCUGUACAACAAAAUAAAGAACAGAGAAGGCUUUGAGCUGGUGAUUGAGGGAAAGGUGUGUGUGUUUAUUUUAACAUAGCUUUGAAAAGCAAAUCCCUCCACACUUACUUAAGAGUAAGCAUCUCCAAUCACAGAAAGGCAGACUUCCAAGUAAAAGUGCACUGGGAUUGCACUGCUCCAGAACAUCUAUUACUAUACCGUUUUAUAGAUUGGGGAUUUUAUUAAUUAAAAAGUCUGCCCUGUACUUGCUAAUCAUAGAGAUCAGACUGUUACCAAGGGACUGUUUGUCAAGUAAUCUUCCCGCCCAGUAUGCUAGAAGGAAUCGACGUAAGCAGAAUGAUUACCAUGCUGAUUUAUGAAUCAGUUGCAAGAUCAAUGUAAGGAGCCCAGAAAGCAACUGAAUUGGCCAGAACAUCAAUCAGCCUUCGUGCCUAGCAGGAAGACAAGAGUGCAGGCUUCCCACAGGCAUCUGGUUGGCACUGUGCCAUUGGCCUAAUCCAGCUAGCUCGUUUUAUGCUCUUAGGUUGUAAAUCUAACCCAGUGAAUACAUAUGUGCAUUCCCUAUUACAUAAAAAGGUAAAGGACCCCUGAACCGUUAAGUCCAGUCAAAGGUGACUGGGGUUGCAAUGCUCAUCUUGCUUUGAGGCCAAGGGAUCCAGUGUGUGUCCACAGACAGAUUUCCGGGUCAUGUGGCUAGCAUGACUAAACUGCUUCUGGCGCAACAGGACACCGUGACAGAAACCAGAACACACAGAAAUGCCGUUUACCUUCCCGCCACAGCGGUACCUUUUUAUCUACUUGCACUGGUGUGCUUUCGAACUGCUAGGUUGGCAGGAGCCGGGACAGAGCAAUGGGAGCUCACCCCGUUGCACGGAUUCAAACUGCUGACCUUCUGAGUACAGGCAUCAUAAGUAAUACAGUCAAACCUCAGAACUCGAACAGCUCCGUUGCCGAAUGUUUCAGUUACCGGGUGCCAAAAACCCGGAAGUGGGUGUUCCGGUUUUCGAAUGUUCCUCAGAACUUGAAUGUCCAACGUGGCUAUGCAAAAACCUAGCUCUCAGCCAAUCAGAAGCCGUGCCUUGGAACUCAAACAUUUCAGAAGUCAAACGGUCUUCCGGAACAGAUUACAUUCAAGUUCUGAGGUUUGACUGUAGAUCUAAUUGAUGUCAAACUAUCACCUAGGGAAUUAAAGGAAUCCAUAGGAAAAUCAAGUCUGCUCUUGAAACCCUAAUAUAUCUCAGUCUCCUCUAACUGGCAGUGGCCCUCCAGGGCUCCAAGAAGAGACCUUUCCUACCCUUGCUGCCAGAUCUUUUUAAGUGAAGACGCCAGGGACUGACGCUCAGACAUUGUGUGUUCAAAGCAUAUGCUCCCAUCACCUUCUCCCAGUAUCUAUUAUCCCUGCCAUAUUCCUUGGAACACAUUAGGUUGGAUCCAACAUACUUGAGUUGCACUUAGGUCCCAUUGAAAUCUACAAGUUUCAUAACCUGAAACUUGGAACAUUUCAAAAUUAAAAAGUUAGUCAUGGCUAUGUGAAUACCCAUUCAUUUCAAUGGGAAACAAGUUUAACUAGCAUAUUCUGAAUCCAACCUGUUGCUACUGCUGAGUGCAGAAGGUAAGUAAAUAGCACGACCCCAUGCAUGUUUACUGAGAAGCACUUCUCACUGGGUUUAAUGGGGCUUAUUCCCUAGGAAUUUACACUGGAGACUGAAGCCUAAGUUUAUCAGUGGAGGAGCUGAGGUUAAAAAAGGUUGAGAAACAGCACCCUACUCAAGCUUGGGGUUGUUGGUUUUUUGCUUUUGAUCUAGUGUCAUAGGAAGAGCUAUGUGUGGGAAAGGGGAACGCAUGGACCUUGUGGCAAUUGAGCUGCUCGUGCAAUCUAAGAUGCUGUUUUCUUUCCAUUAGCCUCAGCACACAAACGUUUGCUUCUGGUAUGUGCCUCCCAGUUUACGAAAUAUGGAGGAUAAUGAAGAAAGAAUGAACCGUCUUUCAAAGGUAAAAAGAAGAAGACAAUGUGCCCAUUUCUAUUACAGAGUGCACUUUCCCCCUUUUCAAAUGAGACCAGACUAGUCCACACCUGCACAUAUAUGCCUUUGCAUAUGAGCAGCAGUUUCGGUCUUUCCCAUUCAUACCUGUCAGCAUUCUCUUCUGUGUUUGUCCCUGCUUUCUAAUUUCUUGAUUCAGUAUCUCUGGAUCAGGGAAACUCAAUUUACAGGCAAAAAGCAUUGAGAUUGCUGUUGUUUGGGGGUGAUAUCAUGUGGACUGCACAAAUUAAAUGGGAACGCCAACAGCUGCAAACACAUGGUAAACUCCAGUGUGGACAAUCCCUAAACGGCAUUGGAGGCCAGAUGUCCAGCAUGAACUCAGAUCCCUUGCAACUGAAGAGGGUCCCUGACGCAGUUAUUACACAAGGCUGCACAGUUUAUGGGAGCUUGGGUUGGUUGCUGAGCCAAGUAGGACAAAUGCUACACUGGUGUAAACCCAAGAAGUGGUAGCCAAUGAAGGGAGAGACAUAAAAUGUGGCCAUAUAUCAGAACACAGGUCAGCCAAUAAUGUUGAGCGGGAGGGGAGAUCAACGGAAUGUUGUGACAUCAGAACACAGGUCAGCCAAUGAUGUUGCACGGGAAGGGAGAGCAACAGAAUGUUGCGAUACAGGUGAGUUCUGCUGGAUGCUAUAGGGAGAGGACCGCAUGUCUAGCUUGCCCCUAAGAAUAUGCUCAGAAAAGAGGCAGUAGAAUAUUAAUUUUGUUUUUCAUACUGUGUCUGUGAAGGUGGCUCCAGUUAUUAAAGCCCGAAUGAUGGAGUAUGGGACCACAAUGGUCAGCUAUCAGCCCCUGGGAGACAAGGUCAACUUUUUCCGCAUGGUGAUCUCCAAUCCAGCAGCGGCUCACCAAGACAUUGAUUUCCUGAUUGAGGAAAUAGAGCGCCUCGGGCAAGAUUUAUAAUUGUGUGGUCUUCCAGACCCUUCUGAAAUGUCUCUCUAGGUAGACAAUUAAGUUGUCACAAACUGUGGUGAAUGUAUUUGUAGUUUGUUCCAAAGUGAAUCUAUUUCUAUAUUGUGCCGUCAAAGUAGAGUACAAUUUAACACUUAAGAACAUUGCUCCUCUUUAAAAGUAUUCCCCCCCCCCCGUUGAGUUUGUGAAUAUUUCCCAAUUAGAAAAUAUAAAAAGGCUGCAUUCAAACAAAUCCAGAAUAAUGAAAUGCUCACGAUUCCACCCUCCAAAUUUUAGUACAGUUAGUAAAAGCGAUAGUUUGCAUUAAACGUAGCCAAAUUUGCCCCCAGACAGUCACAGAACACAGUGAGGGGCAUUGUAAAGCAUAAAACAAAAAAUGCUUUCAAAUAAAGAAAUGUUGCCUUUUUUUCCUUGGUAUAUUAGAACAGAAUUUCUAAUUUACAUACAUUUCAGAUGUAUUUAACUACAUAUAAUUUUACAAAAGAAAUAUAUAUAUAUAUUAUAUAUAUUAAAAAAGAUCCUAUUUUGUAAAAUAUAGAUUUUUAUUUUCUAUGGGUUAUGAAGACUGCAGGGGCAAAAAAUAGUAAUAGUAGAUAUUAAGAUCCUUUAUUUUCCUUCAGAGAAAUUGCAUUGAAUGCUUAUUUUGAGACAGAAGCCCACAUAAAAUUAUCCAAUAGAAAUGUCUCUGUUCUGCUUGUCACUUUACAUCUCCAGAGUUUAGUACUACAAAACCUCAAGAGAUUACUGCAGCUCUUCAACAACAAAACAAGAUCAAUGACAGUGAAAUUAUAAAAUCUUUACGAUGUUUCUCAAGUGGCCUAUCUAAGCAGACGCACAAUCAUCAUAGAAAGUGCUACCCACGACUUAACAUGGCGUUGUAUUUGGAGU